UAUGAUAACGAGCAACUAGCAAGCUUUCAAGCUGUAACGAUGGCUUCCCUGCGUCACACCCUUUGAACGUCAGCAUGUCCAUUAUUAUAUCAUAUCCCUCGCUAUUCCCGACUGCUUUGACCAAACGAGAUUAAUUAAAGAAACCAAGCUCCGAUCUUUUCGCACAAUUAUUAAACUUGGUACACCGAAUAUCAGAAAAAAAAACUAUCUCACUCAUUCUUCUACAAUAUCAUCUCCAUUUUUUCUGUUUCUGUACUCGUGAUUGAGGAAGCUUCGCCAUUUAAGGAUUAGUAAGAUAUUUGUGUGCUUAUAAUAGAUAUGAGUAAUGGAUAUCAGCAUAUACUGGGAAUUCAGAGAUUAGCAUGCUUUGGGGGAGUGGUGUUUGCUGUUGUUAUAAUGUUUCAGUAUUUUGAAUUUCCAUAUGGUGAUGUUAUAUCAUCUUUAUUUUCUGCUACCAAGAUUCACAUAACUAACACUCGAAGCUACCCACAUGAGAAUUCGUCUCUUCUUCUCCAAAUAUCAGGGGACAUGAACAUGACAGGGGCUUCUGAUGUUCUUGUGAAGGGUAUUAUGAAUACAUACAAGGGACAUGAUGAUGACAUGAUUGACAUCAUAAAGCAUAAUAGAUCAGAAACAAAAAAGGAAUUGGAUGAUUCUAUAGAUUUGAACAGAAAUGCUACUAGUUUAAGUGUCCACUUAGCCAAUGUUUCCUCUGUGAUUGAAGUCCCUCGAAAGAAGCAAAAGAGGAAAGUUGUGGUGAUUUCUGAGAUGCAUGAUAUUUUAGUCCACAAUCGUGAAUCUUCUCAUUCCAUGAAACCACGUUGGUCUUCAAGAGCUGAUCAAGAAUUACUUGAAGCAAAAGUGCAAAUUGAGAAUGCUCAGUUGAAUGAAGAAGAUCAUGACCUUUAUCCUUCGGUGUUCCGUAAUGUUUCCAUUUUUAGGAGGAGCUAUGAAUUAAUGGAAAAGACUCUAAAGGUUUAUAUUUACAAGGAGGGAGAGAAGCCAAUAUUCAACAACCCAGAGGCAGUUAUGAAGGGAAUAUAUGCAUCGGAGGGAUGGUUUAUGAUGCAAAUGAAAAAAAGCAAAAGAUUUGUUACAAGGAAAUCAAAAGAAGCCCAUUUGUUCUACAUUCCUUAUAGCUCAAAAAUGUUGAAAGCAACUAUAUCUCCCUACUCUUAUGAUCGUCAAAGUGUUGUACCUUUCUUGAAAAACUACCUUGACAUGAUCUCACGGCGAUACACUUUCUGGAAUAGAACCGGUGGGGCCGACCAUUUUUUUGCUGCGUGUCAUGACUGGGGCCCAGAGGAAACAAGCCAAAUCAUGGCUACUUGCAUUAGAGCCAUCUGCAACACAGACAUUGAAAAAGCAGGAUUCGAAUUGGGAAAAGACGUUUCUCUCCCUGAAACAAAUGUCCGUGAUCCUCAAAAUCCAUUACAUCAACUUGGAGGUAAACCCCCUUCCAAACGCUCAGUUUUUGCAUUCUUUGCUGGAAAAAUGCACGGGUCCCUUCGUCCAAUUCUAUUACAACAUUGGGAAAACAAAGAUCCUGACAUGAAAAUCUUCAGAAAGCUUCCCAAAGUCAAAGAUGACAAAAACUAUGUUGAUUAUAUGAAGAGUAGCAGGUUUUGUAUAUGUGCCAAAGGUUCUGAAGUCAAUAGUCCUAGAGUUGUGGAGGCUAUUUUCUAUGAGUGUGUUCCCGUGAUUAUAUCUGACAAUUUCGUGCCACCUUUUUUCGAGUUUUUGGAUUGGGAAUCAUUUGCAAUUUUCAUUCAAGAGAAAGAUAUCCCGAAUCUGAAAAUUAUUCUUCUUUCCAUCACCAAUAAGAGGUAUUUACAAAUGUAUCAGAGGGUAAAACAGGUACAACAACAUUUUCUUUGGCAUGUGAAGCCUGUUAGGUAUGACAUCUUUCAUAUGAUAUUACAUUCAAUAUGGUAUAAUAGAGUUCUUAGAGUAAACUCAAUGUGAAUUACUAGGUUGUUUGUUGAUAUAUAUGUCAUCUUCCAUUGAUACAUAGAUUAACUUGUACUAAUGUUUUUACGAUUUUCUUGAUGUACUUUGUAAAGAAUAAAUCAAGUUUACAUUGUUUUUGCA